AUGGCGCAGCGCGCGUCCGUGCAAUACCUCGAAUGCCGUCGCAGCGUCACGGCCAAAGUGGACGAAGUGAAGCUGCUGGACGAGCAGAUCGCGGCCGCGUUCCAGCAGAUCACAGCGCUGGCAGCGGCGCCGGACGGCGAAGAAGAGCUCUCGGACGAGGUCCGGGCGGCCGCCAAGAGCGUGGGCCGUUUGGAAGUGACACUGGCGAGCGUCGAGGGCGAGGAGCCCGUGCCCGACGCCACGAUAACGGUCUCGUUGGAUCCCGAGUACACGGCCGACGCGUACGAGACGGUGGAGGAGAUUGUGGAGAGGAAGGACGUGGUGGUGACCGACGAAGCGGGCAAUGUCGUUGAAGACGAGCAGGUGGUCGAGAUGGAGACCGAGCACACGCCUCGCAAGCUGAAGACCACGACGAAGAUUACGCGCACGAUCACGAAGAAGCGUGUCAAGCGGGAGAAGGCCCCGGAAGUGCGCACAAUUGCGUGGACAGCUGGAACGAGGAGCGAGAACGAAGAAGAGAACGUGAGGGACACGCGGCUGUUUCCGGUGACGUUUGCGUUCGACCCGGUGCAGUCGCGCGAGACUGUUGUGAUCAUUACUGUUGCAACGGCGGCGGCGGCGGCUGACAAGGAUGAUGGAGACGCGGAGCCCGUGAAAGAGAUUGAAAUUCCUGUCUCGUCGCUCUUUCAUGACAAUGCACUGGACAAGUGGUACGCUAUUGUGGACGAACAAGAAGAGGAGGAGGAGCUCACGACGAUUACGGAGCUCGUGGAAGAGACGAUGAAGGAGGCGAUCGAUGAGGUUGUUUCGAAUGACGAAGCUGGGAAAACGAGCGACGAGGCUGAGGAGAAGGAGGCGGAGGCUCUGGAGGCAGGAAGCAAGGUGGCGGACGCAGCUGAAGCGUCAGGGAAGAUAGAAGUAGAGGAACAAGGUGACGAGACGGAUGCCACUGCUGAUGGCGGCGAGUCGACGGAGAAGGCUGACGAAUCCGGAGUGACCGGCACAGCCAACGAGGCUGAAGCUGAGGAGACUGCGGAAGAUGGAGAGGUCAAGAACGUCGACGAGACGGAGGCAGCUGAGGAGGGGGAGAACGACGAAGUAUCCAAAGCACCUAAGCUGCCGCGCAGCCGUUUUCAUGUCAAGGCGACGUUUGAGCUAUCGGAUGCUGAGAAGCUGAGCAUUUCCGUGGUCGCACUGUCGAAGAAGAAGCAAGAAGCCGAGGCCGAGUUGCACAUGCUAGAGCGUGAGGCCGCUAAUCUCCGCAUCAAGUAUGACCGCUUGAACGCGAGCCAGCGUCAGUUGAGCGCAUCGAGCAUCUCCAAGCCCAAGUCAAACCUCCUCGGCGGCCGGUUUGGCACGGGUGGUGUGCCGAUGCAGCGCAAGUCGUGGUACCAGCGCUCCCGUGACCGUGCAACCGCGUUUGUCACGAAGCACGAGCAGCUUCUUGUGAGCGUUGCCAUGUUUGCCGGGAGCGUGUGCCUGUUCCACUACAACGGAGAGAAUCUGCUAGCUUAA